UCCUGCCGCAAGGAUGCCCGUGCACGCUGCUCCGCCGCCGCCGUCGGAGUUUCACUCAGUCGAUCAGGGAAGAGCAAGUGUGGAGGAAAAGGGAAAGUGCCACUGCCACCGCUGCUGCCACCACAUCGCAUCGCAUCGCAUCGCAUUGUGCCACAUUUGAAAAUGAAAACAGACGAACGAAUGAAGUGAAUGGAAGGCGAAGGCACCAGCCAAAAGCCGUUUAAUAACUAAAUCCCACGGAGCCAUCGCUGGUCACGUUUACGUUCCGUUCCGAGACGGAUACACAAAAUGCCCCGCCUCUCCGCGUCGCCCCCUCUGCACUUGUGUGUGUUCGUUGUCGUCGUCGUCGCUGUUUCGGUGUGUCGGUGUUAGUAUUGGUGUGAGUGCGGUGUGCAUACCUAUAGGGCUAAAAGGCUGACUGGUUCACAGGCUCACUGGCUGGCUCACUGGCUGACUGGCUGGCUGACUGGCUGGCUGGCACCUAAUGUGGCCAACAUUCACAUACACACAUCGUCGAAUAUAUUAAUACAAAGCCCGUCGUCCUCGCCUCGCUGUCAUCGUGUGCGUGUCCGCAUCCGUAUCCGCGUUUGUUGUGCGAGUGUGUGUAUGUGUGUGGGUCCUUGGUGUCCCCCUUCUGUCCAUUUCCGCCGAACGGAAAUAUUUUCAAAAUUCGCGCUUCUAAGCCACACACGCACAGACCCAAAAAUAAAAUAGGGCCAACUUAAAAGGGGGCCAACUUAACAAUUGUCGAACGGAUUGAUUGGUGGAACGGAGUGAUUGGUGAAUUGUGUCUACCGUGUACUGUGUGUGUGUGUGUUGCGUGUGGCAUUGUGCCUGGUCGGAAUGCCUGGUCAUUGUGCAACUGUUGAAUGAGCAAUGCGAGACCUGCUGCCUAAUUAUUGCGCAUUGCGCAAUCGAAUGUCAAAGCCGAGACCAAACGUUACGCAGUAAACGUAAAGCAAAAGUAAAGCCCUGCCACAAGGAUUGGCCGUCAAAAGGCCUCAGCAAAGGACUCAGCAGGAUUCCCGGAGCGGGGGAGAGGAUGACGUUGGUGUCAUUUGGAAGUCAUUGCCGAGACCCAUUAUUAAACCUUAAACCGUAAACGGAGCAAAUCCAACAGCCGGCAGGAGCGGAGGACUCCCGGCCCUCCUCCUCGUCCUCGACUCCUCCUCAUCAUCAUCUGAGUAGAAGCAGCAGCAGUCCGAGUGGAGAGCAUAAACCAUGUGGACGACCGACUGCCCCAAAGCCUUAAAAGCGAUUUGCCUGGUGCCGCUGUGGCUGGUUCUGCUCCUCGAUUGCGGCAUGGUCGGCGGCGAGGUGCCACCGCAUUACUGGGAGACCCCGUACUCGCAGCCGUACUUCGACAAUUCCUCGAGGCGCGAGGUCACCGCAACCGUGGGCCAGGCGGCCCUGCUCCACUGCCGCGUCCGGAAUCUGGGCGAUCGAGCGGUGUCGUGGAUAAGGAAGCGCGACCUGCACAUCCUGACGGUGGGCAUCCUGACCUACACGAACGACCAGCGCUUCCAGUCGCUCCAUUCCGAGGGCUCCGAUGAGUGGACGCUGCGCAUCUCGUCGCCGCAGCCGAGGGAUUCGGGCACCUACGAGUGCCAAGUGUCCACGGAGCCGAAGAUCAGCCAGGGCUUCCGCCUCAACGUGGUGGUGUCGCGGGCCAAGAUCCUCGGGAACGCGGAGCUCUUCAUCAAGAGCGGCAGCGACAUCAAUCUCACCUGCCUGGCGAUGCAGUCGCCGGUGCCGCCAUCGUUCAUCUACUGGUACAAGGGCAAGCGGGUCAUGAAUUACUUGCAACGCGGCGGCAUCAACGUCAUCACGGAGCGUUCCACGCGCACCAGCAAGCUGCUCAUCGCGAAGGCCACGCCCGCCGAUUCGGGCAACUACACGUGCUCCCCCAGCAGUUCAGAUUCCGCCUCGGUGGUGGUGCACGUCAUCAACGGCGAGCAUCCGGCCGCCAUGCAGCACGGCAACAGCAGCGCCAGCUGCCUGCGCCUCCUUCCAGUGCCUUUCGUCCUUGCCACCCGGCUGUCGAUGGCGGUGGCGGCUCUCGCCUGGAACAGCAACUUCAACUGCAACUUCAACCUGAACGGCAACUGGAACUGGAGUCCCGACUGGCGCUGGCACUGGAAUGUCAACCGGAACUGGAGCUGGAAGUGGGGCAACCUGCUCGCCAGUCUAAUUGGACUGUGGACCUGGAGCUGAUGCGGCUGAAGGAUCCAAGUCAAUCCAAAAAUAAACAACCAAAAACGCUGAGCGAAAGGUCCCGGCCAAGUUGGGACUGCAUAAAAUGGAUGGCUCCUCCCCAGGUGCAUUUAAUGGAAGCGGAGGAGGAGCGUCUUACGAACUAGUGUACAUAUACAGUGUGUCCUUUAACGAGUAUUAUCUAUAAGACAUCCCCGAGAGCAGGCAGGCAGUAUUACCAAGGAACUUUUAAUCAACCAACCAAAAACACACACAGUCAACAGGAAGUGUCCAGGCAACAAGCACUAUAUCCACUACCCAUUAAAAUUAACAAACCAAAAAUAAGGAAGGCUAAAAUAACAACAGCAGCAGCUGUUUGUCAUUCACCCAAAAAACUUAGCUGUGUUGUCAUUGUAUUUCAUUUGAAAUUCAUUUGGUUCCACACACAAGGUUAUAAUCAUCAUCACAAACCGGCCAAAAGUCAGCAAUUAUUGAAGGAAACCUUCGGGUUUUACAGUAUCAUUUGGGCUCACUGAAGCAGAAAUGUCCGAUUGUAUAUAAGAUACACAAACAUCUACAUUAUUUAGGCCUUCGAUUGUUUAUUUAUUUAUACCGGAAAAUCAUACAACCUGCACGAGGAAACGUUGAGAGAUCGGGGGAAAAGGUAACCCCGGCUAUAUAUAGAUGGUUAUUCAGUGUAUAUGGAUAAGUUUUUAUCUGGUUGUCAGCCGCGAAAUUGUUCUACGUAGUCCAUCAUCUAGUUACUGUGUAAAAUAUUCAUACUUGAUAAUUGUACAUUUAGAGGUCGGUUUUAAGCGGUCUUGAUAAGACUUUUAAGCAGUAAGCUGGAAUGGAUCCGAUCUCGGUUCCCCAAAAAAAAAAAGGAAAACGAGAAAAGAAAAUAUAUAGUAAAUGAAAUUACAGAAAUUAUUAAACUAAACGAAAACGAUAAAUGAAGCUAACCUAAGCAGAGUCAAGUAUGUUUUUCUGUUUAAACAAAGCAAAAAUAAACGAACAAUGUUUCUCCAU